CUCAGUGGGUGAAGCAGUGUCAACAGUUUCAACGCAAAGUUUGUUGUUUGCUGUGGCAGUGUUGGCUGAUGUUUGAGAGAAGCUAAGAACUUCCUUUUUGCCUUGCUUAUUGCUUUUAAACUCUCUUUUAUAAAAGCGAAACGGAGACGCUGAGGUGAGGAACUUUCUCACGUGCAGGACGAGCUGGUAAUAACAAAGCCGCCUUUGUCAGUUAGCUUAACGUUCUUAGCGCUAACUUUAAUCAGGACGGAGAGAAACACACACAGUCCUGACUUGGGUCUGUCCUCUGGGUUAGUUCUGAAGAAGAAUGAAGUCGAUUGCGAUCUUCCUGGUUCUUGGAUAUGUCCUUGUGUCAUCGGUGGACAUGUAUUCUCGGCAUGACUGGACCAAACUCAUCUUGACUCACCACUGGCCAGAGACAUUUUGCACUAUGGAACACUGCACUGCAAACUUUAGUUAUUGGACCUUACAUGGAUUUUGGCCUAACAGUGGUAUCAGUUGCAACUCAUCUUGGCACUUCGACCCAAGUCUGAUAGAGGACCUACUUCCAGAAAUGAGAAAAUUUUGGCCAGAUCUUCUUCAACCUGCAUCUACAUCAUUUUGGAAGCAUGAAUGGCAGAAACAUGGAACAUGUGCUGCCAAAGAUGAAGAUUUAAACAGUCAGCACAAAUACUUCAGCAAAGCCCUCGAGCUCUACCACAAGCUGGAUCUUGAUGGAGCCCUGAAGAAAAGCCAAAUUGUACCAUGUGAAAAGUACUACAAGCUGGGAGAUUUGGAGGAAAGCAUCAUGGGUUCUUAUGGAGUAACACCAAAAAUUCAGUGUGUUCCAGGAAAGGGAGGCCAGUUCCAGACCCUGGGACAGAUAGAGAUCUGUGUUGACAAGCAAUUUCAGCUGACUAACUGUGAGAAGACCAGUAAGGAGCUUCAGAUCAGUGACAACGAAGUUCUGCCAUUUGUCCUCCUCAGCCGCUCAGGAUUCACAGUGUGUGACCCCUCUGUGCCAGUCUACUACCCUCCAUUAUCCGCUAAGCACAAAGGCCGAGGCUUCUUUAAGGCUUAGAGGUUUGCAACACUCCACGUGUGCUAGGCCUGUGGUGCAAUUGCUGUUGAAAUUUUUAGAGCAGUUUGGUUUCGCUGUUUUCCUGUGCCUGUUGAUGAUUGCAGAGCAAACAGGGCUUUCUUCGCUUGUUUUUACUGAAGUAAUCAGCUUAAUGUAAUGGUCUGUACAAGGCAAUUUACACUGGGCAUAUAUUUUAUAUGAUUUACAUGAUAUAUUACAUGCAUUAAUUAUAUGCUGGAAAAUGUGUUAGAAAUGUAAUGGGAUCCCUGUUUAUAGCUCGUUAGUUUGGCUAUUUGAGUGUAAAUUGUAUGUUAAACCCCUAAGCAUUAAAGAACAUUAUUGAAUAUUUUUAGAACAUGUUGUAUGUCAUGGGAUCAUUAAUAGCACAGCAGAUUAAGUUGGUUUGGGUACGGUGCAAUACCUCUCUUUUUAAGGCUAGUGGGUUUUGUUUUUUAGCUUUUUGCUUUGAUGUAAAUGUUUACACUGUGUACUUUUUUUUUCAUCUGUCUUACUUUGUUUCACUUGAGAAGCUCAUUGGUAUUCUGACCACUAGGUGUCCAGAUACAGUAAAUGUGUGCAUACAAGUUUUCAACACUAGGGGUCAGCACCUGCACUCUCACUAUCUCUUCAAUAAUCAGGUGUGUUUUUAAACAAGGCAAUGUGACAUUUUAUUAAGUUAGGGAGUAAAAUCUAAGUUAUUCAGAAUUUGUCUUCUGAAGAACUUUUUUUCUGAGAAUUACAGAAUUACAGCCAUUUUUCAAAAGGAAAUCUGCAUAAUUGAAUGGUUAAGAUGUAAACAGAGUCUUUCAGAGUGGUUUGGUGUGAAAUGCCCUGUUCUUGGGAAACUUACAGAAUCUGAAUUGUUCACAAUGGUGGUAAUAGGAACUACACGUCCACCUCUAAAAGCUCCCUCACUGAAAGUUACUACAUGAAAUGGUAAUGUACUGAUCACAGUGCCUGAGACAUGGUUAUUUGGUAGUUUUGAUAUUUCAUUUAUAGUAAAUUGAAUGUGUAAUAUACAUCAUGGCACUUUUUAACUGUCAUCUGCGUUAUGUAUAUUAACUCAGAAGAUGUGUAGGUUCACUGGUGGUUUUAUAUAGUAAGUAAAAUGGCUAUAUUUGUGUUGUAAACGUUGUGGUCACCACCACUGUAAAGAAAUCUGAGUCAGUAUGUUUCUCUGAAUCAUUUCACAUCAAACCACUCUGAAUAACUUUGUCCAGUGUUUAGAUUAUGCAGCAAUUUUGAAAGAUAAGUGGAAUUAAGUUGAAUUCUCCCAUGUCGUUCUAUUGAUAUGGAUAGACAAAUCUGGAGUGUAACCUGGGCAUUUUAUGUUCAUGUUGUAGUAAAAGUAAAUUGUAAAGUACUUAUUUGAUGUAUUGAGAGGCCUUUAGUGCUGUAUUAAGAUAUUAGCCAUGUAUCUGUUCAUUGUAAAAGGCAUUUCCAUGAGCACUCCCUGCUGUUUGCCUACUGUGUGAGCACUGGUACAGUGAGAUGAUAGAGGCCUGUAGAGUUUAGAUUUGUCCAGUUCUGCCAAACUAAACGCAGCGUUAAUCUCUACCUCAAAGAUGGCCAUUGUUUAUCUCGGCCUCGUAGGCAACUGUCAGAACAGUUUAGAUUUAAAUCGUGCUCCUUUCUGCUGGUGUGUCUUAUCCCUGUAAAUCCAAGGCUGUUUAAUACUAGAAAAUACUGAUGGACAUUUUACUUUUUUUUUAAUUGGAAAUUAAAUUAUUGUAAUGCAUUGAGUCAAUUAAAUGAAACAUGAGCUCAUUCAA